UGCUGUAGGUAAAACAUGCCUACUCAUCAGUUACACAACCAAUGCAUUUCCUGGAGAGUAUAUACCCACUGUUUUUGAUAACUACUCUGCAAAUGUAAUGGUUGAUGGAAAACCAGUCAAUCUGGGCUUGUGGGAUACAGCUGGGCAAGAGGACUACGACAGACUACGUCCACUCUCCUAUCCGCAGACAGUUGGAGGAAGCAAUGGUAAGAAUAUAUCUGCCAGUCUGACAGACCCACCUAUUGCCGAUGUCUUCUUAAUCUGCUUUUCCCUGGUGAGCCCAGCGUCCUUCGAAAAUGUCCGUGCUAAGUGGUAUCCUGAGGUGAGGCACCACUGUCCCAACACUCCCAUCAUUCUAGUGGGUACCAAACUCGACCUCCGGGAUGAUAAGGACACUAUUGAGAAGCUGAAGGAGAAGAAGUUGACUCCCAUCACCUACCCCCAGGGCCUGGCCAUGGCCAAAGAGAUCGGUGCAGUGAAGUACCUCGAAUGCUCAGCACUCACGCAGAGAGGCCUCAAGACAGUGUUUGACGAGGCCAUCCGAGCAGUGCUGUGCCCUCCUCCCGUCAAGAAGAGGAAGAGAAAAUGUCUGCUGCUCUAAAGGUCCCUCCCCCACCCCAUCCACCCCGUGCUUCGCUCCAACAAUGGAGCAUUCACUCUCAAUGCCAAGUUUUUCUGUUAUGAGUACUCUUCCAUAAAUUCCUGAACCAAUUGACAACUUCAUUUGUUUAAAUAUGAUUGUUUCCUUGCAUUCUUCAAAGAGCAAAUCCUGAAAAGACACACCUGUGUAAAGCCUUAUUUUUAAAAUCCUCUUCUUGCUUGAUUAAGUGUUGCCAAACUCUCUGCUGAACUAAGUUGCAUUGUUGUGCUACAAACACUAAGCACUAAACUGUUUUUUAAAGAAUCUUCUUGGAAAAAAAUGACUCUAAUUUCUGGUAGGAAAUGCAAAAUCUCUUUCUAGUUUUUCACAGUACCA